AUGCUGCUUGCUGAUGAAACAGAGGCUGCAAAGCAAGCAAAGAAGGAUGAAAUAGAGUCUCACUUCAAUGCAAUUCAAGAAGCGUAUGAGGUGUUGAUUGACCCCGUCAGGAGAAGAAUCUAUGAUUCCACAGACAAGUUCAAUGACGAAAUGCCAAAUGAUCGUGUCCCUCAGGACUUCUUCAAGGUUUUUGGACCUGCAUUCUUGAGGAAUGGGCGUUGGUCAGUGAACCAGCCUGUCCUGACCUUGGGAAAUGAUAGUAGUACUCUCAAAGAAGUUGAUAGCUUUUAUGAUUUUUGGUAUAGCUUCAAAAGUUGGAGGGAGUUUCCUCAUACUGAUGAGUUUGACCUUGAGCAAACUGAAUCUCGUGAUCAUAGGAGGUGGAUGGAAAGGCAAAAUGCAAAACUUUCGGAGAAGGCAAGAAAGAAUGAUUAUGCACGUAUACGUACUUUUCUUGAUGAUGCCUAUAAAAGGGAUCCUAGAAUUAUAAGAAGAAAAGAGGAACAGAAAGCUAAAAAGCGAAGAAAGAAGCUGCAAGGAUUACCGAAGAGGAGAGACGUAGGAAAGAUGAGGAGGAAAGAAAGGCUUCUAAAGCUGCUUUAA